UAGAGGUUUUUAUGACCUGUUGCUUAGCAACUUUUAUCAACAGCAGCAAAGCACUUUCGCUUUCCUUAACCUUGUUAAAGUUAGGCUUGGUCACCUCUAGCACUCAUCAGCAGAGGGAAAUUAUUUCUAAAGUAAGGUAAAGUUGCUGCUCAGAAUCUAUGAGCUGCAUCCAGGAUGAGCUAUCUCUUCUUAGCUCCUGAAUUGCCUUUGCCCUUUAGUCCUCUCUCUUCUCAAGCUUUUGAAGAAAUCCAACGCCAUGCCGGGGAAGCCUGGAGACAGGAGGCUCAAAGAGAGGCCAACUGUGCAACAACAUAUUCUGCUGGUUAUGGAAAAAAGGAGCUGGCUGAAUCCGCAAGGUGCAGAACCAAACCCUCCUCUCCUACCAGGAUAAACAGACCUCAUCCACCAGAAGUGUUUAUGGUAAACCAGCUUCAUUAUAUACCUGGAUAUUACAACAGUGAUAAACAAACUGCUGCAGAUGACAAAGGCAAAUACUAUGAACAUCCAGGUUACAGAGAAGAUUCUAAAUAUGUCAGACAACGAGUAGUGUAUCAAAAUAUGUACUCUGGUGCUUCAAAGUCACAUCAGGCAGCUCAGAACUGGAUAAAACAUGCCAGUGAAAAUGAGGACAGAAAUAUUGAGAAAACGAAAAAUUUUGCAGCAGGAAGUCAGAAGAUGCAGACUAUACCACACAAGACAAAGUUACAGAAAACACAUUCAAAACCUGAAAAAUGAAAAUACAGACACAUAUUACCCAAGUU